AAAGGCCUAAUAUGAAAGUUAUUAGAACUUCAAUUAUUCAUCAUCCAGAAAUUACAUUAGAAAUUAAAUCUAAACUAAUCGCAAAAAAUAAACUUUAUCAAAUUAUAUUUGAUUUAUUAGAUAAUCUUGAAGGACGCGCAAUUAUUUAUGGGGUUACAGUAUAG